GUUACUGCUGCACAAGAAGGGGCGCAGCUGCUGCACAACGCGUGCGACGCUUGGAACUCGAUUUCAGGUUUCGCGUUCUCAUCGCGCAGAGAGUUGAAUUGCUUCCGAAGCUCGGCCCCGGCUGUUAAUCUACUUGCACGGUUCUCAAAUUGACGCCAAGCUUCUGCAUUCGACCGCUCUUGCGAAGUGCCCUUUUCCGCAACACCCCAAGUCCACGCCGCGGUCGUUUCGGUUGUUUAAGCCUGAGCGCUCUGAGCUUAAACUCGCAGCCAUACAAAUGGCAGUAUCGCAACGGGCGCUCGUCGCCAAGAGCUCGGGCACAGCGCCCCAGGCCCAUGCACUUGGUCUCGGCCUGCGCAGCGGCGCUGCCCUGCGCCCCCGCCGCGCCAGCCGCGCCCCCGCCUCCUCCUCCUCCCCUCUGGCCCCUCGGGCCUCCCUCAUCCCCGCCGCGCCGCCGCCGCCCGCCGCCACCUCGCCCGCCACCGCCUCCGUGCCGCUGAGCAACGGCGGGCUGGGCGGCCCGGCCGCGGGCGCGGGUGUGCUGCCGGGGCCCCCCUCCGGCCCCAUCACGGGCGCGGCGCUGGGCGAGCUGGUGCGCAAGUUCAAGCGGCUGCAGAACGGCUCCGACAUCCGCGGCAUUGCGCUGGAGGGUGUGCCCAACGAGCCCGUCACUCUGUCUGCGGGCGCGGUGUUCUUCAUCGGGGUGGCCUUUGCGCGCUGGCUGCGGAGCAAGGGCCACUCCGCGCCCAAGGUGUCGGUGGGUCGUGACCCGCGGCUGUCGGGUCCGCUGUUGGAGAGCGCCUUCGCCGCCGGCCUCAUCCACGGCGGCGCGGCCGUGGUGCACCUGUUCGGUCUGGCCACCACCCCCGCCAUGUUCUACUCCAUCGUGCUCAGCGGCGGCGCCUCCAACGGCCCCGCCUCUCCAGCCUUCUUCUCCACUGCUAACUCGGUCGCCUCAGCCGCCAAGCGCGCCGCGCCGCUGUCCGCGGACGGCACCGGCGCACCGCCGCCCGCUGCUGCUGCCGGCGGCGGCGGCGGCACCAACACCAUGCUGCCGCCGCCGCCGGUGCCGCCCGCGUCCGAGCUGACGGCGCAGCCCUACACCGGCGCGGUGAUGCUGACUGCCAGCCACCUGCCCUACAACGCCAACGGCCUCAAGUUCUUCGUGGCGGCGGGGGGGCUGGACAAGCCCGACAUCGCGGAGCUGCUGCAGACGGCGGCGGCGGCGGCGGCAGAGGCAGGGGUCAACAUUGGCGACCCGGUGUCCGAGCAGUCUCACCUGCUGGCGGUGUCUCUGAGCCUGGACCCCGCCCGCCUGGCCCGCCUGCCCUUCCUUCCCACCUACUCGGCCAGCCUGCGCGACCUCAUCAAGCGCGGCGUCAACUCGCCCGCCAACUACCACUUCCCGCUGCUGGGCUGUCACGUGGUGGUGGACGCCGGCAACGGCGCCGGCGGCUUCUUCGCGGAGCAGGUUCUGGCCCCCCUGGGCGCCGACACCAGCGGCAGCGUGUUUCUGGAUCCGGACGGCACCUUCCCCAACCACCCGCCCAACCCCGAGCACCCCGCGGCCAUGGCCUCGGGUGCCGCCGCGGUCAAGGCCAGUGCGGCGGAGCUGGGCAUUGUGUUUGACACGGACGUGGACAGGUCCGCCAUCGUGGACGCCAGCGGGCGCGAGAUCAACUCCAACCGCUUCAUUGCGCUGAUGGCGGCGGUGGUUCUUCGUCAGCACCCCGGCACCACCGUGGUCACGGACUCGGUCACCAGCAACGGCCUGACGGACUUCAUCACGGCGCUGGGCGGCAAGCACAUGCGCUACAAGCGCGGCUACAAGAACGUGAUCGGCGCGGGCGUGCGGCUGAACGCGCAGGGCGAGGACUGCGCGCUCAUGAUGGAGACCAGCGGGCACGGAGCGCUGCGGGAGAACUUCUUCCUGGACGACGGCGCCUACCUGGCGGUCAAGGCCAUCAUUGAGCACGUGCGGCGCAAGCAGGAGGGCGCGGCGGGCGGGCUGGCGGAGCUGCUGGCGGGGCUGGCGGAGCCGGCCGAGAGCCGCGAGUGGCGCGUGCGCAUCCAGCACACCGACUUCAAGGCGGUGGGCGGCCGCGUGCUGGCAGCCUUCCACGACUGGGUCAGCGCGGCGGCGGGGGCGGAGGGGGUUGAGGAGGGUGGGGCGGAGGAGGGUGGGGCUGAGGGUGCGGUGCCGGCUGCGCCGUCCAGCUGGAGCCUGGAGUCGGUCAACCACGAGGGCUGGCGCGUCAACAUGGACGAGGGCGAGGGCCGCCGCGGCUGGCUGCUGCUGCGCCAGUCCCUGCACGACCCCCUGCUGGUGCUCAACGUGGAGUCGGAGCUGCCGGGCGGCGCGGCGGAGGCGGCGGUGCGCGUGGCGGCCUGGCUCAAGGCGGGCGGCGCCGGGCCGGAGCUGCCGCUGGACCUGGGGGCGCUGGGGCAGCUGGCGGCGGCGGCAGCGGCGGCAGAGGCGGCAGAGGCGGCAGGGGCGGCGGAGGCGGGCAAGUGAUGGGCAUGUGUAUGUGGUGGAAGUGUGGAGGCGGGGGGCCAGUGUGGAGGCGGUGGCGUACGUGAUGUAGGUGGCGUGGUGCAUGGGUAGGUGGGAGGGCAGGUAGAUGAGGACUGGGGAAUAGGUUGCGUGGGAGUCAGGGGUUGUGAUGUGAUUUUCGUCAUGGCAAAAGUAUGGUGAUACGGUGUAGUACAUACGAUGUAGUACAUACAUUGGCUGACUGGUGGGGUUUGGGGUCCUGACAGGUCCUGCCGGGCGCACUGACUGGGCUGCAACCGCACGGCCCGGCCCGACUGCGCGCGCACGCGAUGUCCGUAAGGCGGCCGAUAAACGCCUACAAGCGCAGUGUGCUACUCACAGUCAUGUGUAAUGACGCAUUCGU